GCGCUCCUCCUCGCACACGGUGGUGCUGCUGCUCUCGCUGGCGGACGCGGCCGAAGCUGGAGGAGACAUGAUGGUUCCGCCGCGACUCAGGCUCGGUUCUGGCGCAGGAACUUGAGCGGACGCGCUGCUGGAUGACGGAGGUGACGGAGACGGUGUUGCGAGCCGGACCCGGGGCUGGAGGAGGAGGCAGGUGCGGCUCUGUCUUAAAGGGCAAGUCCCCGUCAUGACUGCUCGAGCUGAGCGACAAGAAGCGCCGGACCGUCUCCGGAGCGCGUACGUCAUCAGGUCACCUAACGCGACCUCUGACCCCAGAUGACAAGACGAGCGUGAGUCCUACACGCUGUCAUCUGACCUUGUGGGCAGAAACGGCGAGCUACACUUCGUCUUCAUGUCCAUGUCAAGGAUUCACAGGCCACUUCAGGUCCCCGGUCAGAGACACGCCAUCGUCAAGUCAGGCCACUUUAUUGAGCAGUUCAGUGAAGCGGCGCCAGCAGGCGCUGGACGGCGGGAGCUACUCCUUCUCCCACGCUCUUCUCUUCUGAUGCCGCACUGAACCCUGGAAGAGGAGGAGACAAGAGAGAAGAGGGUUGUCACGGCGACCGCUGACUUCCACAGGCCAGUCCUCACCUGGCCGCCUUCAAUCCCAACGUGCAGCUCUCACACAGUGAUGGGACCAUUUCAUAGGUUCCUGAACCGCCACACAAUGAGAGAAAAACAAGCUGCGGACUCCUGUGCGCCUUUGUGAUCAGAUGAGUGUCAUGUCAUGACCUGAGUAUGGACCUUGUUCGCACGUGACUCCUUCUCUAGCUUGGUGUUGUGUUGCCGUGUCUGCAAGCACAAUGUAAAUGAAAUGUUGUAACGUGCGUCUAUGGUGGAGACAAAGAAUGUGUUUCCUUGAAAUGGUCACGAGUGCGGGAGAACUCAGCAGAAGAUCAGAAAGCUCUCUGCUGAUCAUGAAAGGUCUCCGACAGUCGUCUGAUCCCAGUCUCACACGGAAAACCCAGCGUGGUGAGGCCACCAGUCUCCUUACCGAGUAAAGGUUGGCCAGGUUGUUGAAGAGCACUUGGCCCGCGCUCACUUUGUUCCUCACCCCUCGAAUGGUCCCGUUCUUGCUGCAGAUAUCCACCCUCUUGCUGCUGAAGGUGGGCUCUCUCUUGGCACUGGCGUACAGGAGCAGCUGGUCCGGUUCUCCUCCGGUCUCGUCCACCAGCCCGCUCAGGUGGCUGUUGGCUGCGCUCUGGGCCUCUGCCGGGCCCCUGCUGCCGUCCGGCUCCGCCGACCCGAGCUCGUCCUUGAAGACCUCGGUCAAGACGCGGCCGCUGUGGGCAGACGCCACUCGGAACCUCAUGCUCUUCCCGCUCCUCUCGGCCUCCUGCUUUGGCCUCUCCAUGGACUCACAUGGUGCAGAGGUCUUUCAGGCCCAGCCAGCUGCAGUCAUCCAGCGACGCCACCUCAUGAAGGUGUCAGAGUGACCCCGCGCCGCCCCAGGACCAGAACCAGACACCAGACUGGUGAAUAAUGGAUGAGGCUCCUCCAUGGAAACCUCUCCUGCUGCAGGCGGGCGGGCGAACCCGAUCCACGCUCCAGCAGCUGCCAGGCUGGGAGCUCUCCAGCCUCACGGACCAGAGGUGUCGGACACGGGAGGCUCGUCCUGCGAGCGCACGGUCACUGACCAUUGACCAUUCUAUUGUAACACUCUCUUCUGUACGCCUGUGCAGAAACAGUGGACGUCGGUUUCCUUUUACUGUUGUUUUUUUUUUUUUUUUUACUGAAAAUUCUAAUCCAAACUCCAAUUAUCGUCACAAUAUACCCGUUUAUACUGUAUAUAUAUCUAUAUCUGAGGCAGACGGUCUGCUGCACUUCCCCUCCUGUCCUGCAGACAGCGCUGCAGGCGAUGAGCCACCACCGAAGAAGCCGCACGUGUGUCGCGCGGAGGCGUCAACAUGGGCAGGAGACGCCAAGCCAAGCAGCUCUUCACCGGUUUGAGCAAGAAACAAAGGAGGCAUUUGAAGGACUUUGGAGAGGAGCAUCCGUUUCACGACGUGGUCAGCGAGCGGGCGGAGAGGACCCAGAUCCUUCAGCUGGCAGAAAGCCCGGAGCCGUCGGACGCAGAGCCGGAGCAUGUGGAGGAGCAAGCUGAGCCAGUGGAGGCAACGGCCUAUCAGCAGCUUCUGGCCACUCUGGGCGCCGCGCCUCAGAGUGAUGGAGAGGAGCAGAGCUCUGACCAGGACCAAGGGGACGGUGAGGAGACGCUUGUCGCCGAUGCUGAGGAGCAGAAAGGUCUUCCCGCAGAAGGAGAGGAGCAGCAGCAGCAGCAGCAGGAGGAGGAGGAGGACGACGACGCAGAGGGAGGAGCGGAGGUGGUCGACGAAGACAUGGAGUCCAAGUUCUGCCUGGAGAGCAACUUCACCACAGAUGCAGGAGAGGAAGACGGCCGGGAUAUGUUUCUCCAGCACUUGGGCACAGAGCUGGGUGAAGGCGACGUGGAGACCAUCACCUCGGGCAGCAGAUCCAAGAGUCAGAUCAUGUGGCCCACACUUGGUCAACUGCUCUGCACCAACCCCCUGGACAGGUUCGGUCCCAUGGCCCCACUCAAAGACACCAACCCUCCGGUCCUUCACAAGCUUCUGACAGCCACUUUGGAGACCUUGAACUUCAGCGAGCGGCAGCAGCAGAAGGAGGCCACUCCUCUGCAGACGGAGCUGCUGGCUGUCAUGGGCACCUACAGAGACUUCUACCACCCCGAGUCCUGCCCGCUGGGACAGGGUCCUCAGGUCCGCAGGGCCUACUGCCUCCACGUGCUCAACCACGUGCUGAAGGCCAACUCCAGGAUCCUGGCUCACAACGCUCGGCUGAGGGAGCAGAAGGAGCAGCCCGGAGCUGCCCCUCUGGAGGAGCCCAGAGACCAGGGCCUGACGCGGCCCAAGGCUCUGAUUCUGGUGCCGUUUCGCGGCGCCGCGCUUCAGAUCGUCCACACCUUCAUCACUCUGCUGGAGUCCAGCGGCAAGAAGAUGGUGGUCAGCUACAAGAAGAGGUUCAAGGAGGAGUUUGGAGACGACCCGGACGACAAGCCGCCCAACCUCCGCCGACCCGCCGACUAUCGAGCCACUUUCUCCGGCAACGUGGACGACCACUUCAGGAUAGGCCUGUCCAUCAUCCGCAGCAGCGUGCGCCUCUACGCUCCCUUCUACUCCUCCGACAUCAUCAUCGCCUCGCCGCUCGGCCUGCGCACCCUGCUGGGAGCCGAGGGGGAGAAGAAGAGGGACUUUGACUUCCUGGCCUCGGUGGAGGUGCUGGUGGUGGACCAGGCCCAGGUCUUCCUCAUGCAGAACUGGGAGCACGUCUUGCACGUGAUGAAGCACCUGAACCUGCAGCCGCUGGACUCGCACGGCGUGGACUUCUCCCGGGUCCGCAUGUGGAACCUCAACAACUGGGGCCGACACUACCGGCAGACGCUGGUCUUCAGCUCCGUGCAGGACCCGCAGAUCAGCAGCAUCCUCACCAGGCACUGCGCCAACUACCGAGGACAGAUCUGCACCAAGAACGUCCCCAAAAGCGGCUCCAUCUGCCAGGUGAUGGUUCAGCUGCCCCAUGUUUUCCAGAUGUUCCCCUCCGACAGCUUCGUGGACCACGACGCUCGGUUCCAGUUCUUCGUGAACAAAGUCCUGCCUCAGUACCAGGACUCGGUCAUGUCGCACACGCUGGUCUACGUCCCGUCCUACUUUGACUACGUGCGACUGCGAAACCACCUGAAGAAGCAGGGCAGCAGCUUCGCCUGCUUGUGCGAGUACUCCAGCAAGUCGGAGGUUUCCCGCGCCAGACACUUCUUCCAGACUGGAGACAAAGGUUUGCUGCUCUUCACCGAGCGCUUCCACUUCUACAAGAGAUACACCAUCAAAGGCGUCCAGAACCUGAUCUUCUACGGGCUGCCCUCCUUCCCGCACUUCUACAGCGAGGUGUGCAACAUGCUGUCCGCCGGGGGGCGGCAGGCGGCCGCCAGCUGGACCUGCACCGCCCUCUACUCGCGCUACGACGCCCACAAGCUGGCCGCCGUCGCCGGGGGGCAGCGCGCCUCGCAGAUGCUCGGCUCCGACAAGAGCGUGCACCUCUUCGUCACGGGGGAGGAGGAGAGGACGCCCUGACCAGGACCGGCCCGGCCGUCGGCCACUGUGGCGCCCGGUGUCUCCUCAGGCGACCGACCGCAGUCAGCUGCAGAAGGAGCCGAGGGGAGGCCUCGCUGUGUGCGCUUGUGAGAGGCGUGUCAGGGUCUGUGUGCACGGGUGGACCCGCGAG